UCCCAACACUGCACCCCAUGUGAUAGCGCACAUUCUUCCAUCUCCUCGUUCCACUCGUCUUCUAUCCGCGAAGACAACGUUCAAUCACGUCGUGGCGAUUCUCAGCUUAUCCGGCUCCCGACACCGAUCGUCGAUUGUCCACCGGACGAAUCUCCCCGAGGUAAAUCAGUCAAGAUGCACAGACUACCCACCAUGCUGAGAGGAAUAGCCCUGCGUCAGGUGCAGGCACGUACUUAUGCCAAAGAUGUACGUUUCGGGGCAGAGGUUCGUGCCUUGAUGUUGCAGGGCGUAGACAUCCUAGCGGACGCCGUUGCCGUGACAAUGGGCCCCAAGGGACGUAACGUUAUUCUAGAACAGAGCUGGGGAAGCCCGAAGAUCACAAAGGACGGCGUGACUGUGGCAAAGGGUAUCGAAUUGAAGGACAAGUUUCAAAAUAUUGGGGCAAAACUGGUACAGGAUGUAGCCAAUAAUACCAAUGAGGAGGCUGGUGAUGGUACCACAACCGCGACUAUAUUAGCUAGAGCGAUAGCCAAAGAAGGAUUUGAGAAGAUCAGCAAAGGUGCCAAUCCUGUAGAAAUCAGACGAGGUGUAAUGUUAGCUGUAGACAAAGUUAAGGACGAAUUAAAAAGUCUGAGCAAACCUGUCACAACACCCGAAGAAAUUGCCCAGGUGGCAACGAUAUCUGCAAACGGUGACAAUGCCGUUGGCAAUCUGAUCUCGGACGCUAUGAAAAAGGUCGGAAAAGAAGGCGUGAUCACUGUGAAGGAUGGCAAAACGCUCAUCGAUGAGUUGGAGGUCAUAGAAGGAAUGAAGUUCGACAGGGGUUACAUCUCCCCAUACUUUAUCAACUCCAGUAAGGGUGCCAAAGUUGAGUUCCAAGAUGCGCUCCUUCUUUUCAGUGAAAAGAAGAUCUCCUCCGUUCAAAGCAUUAUACCCGCUCUGGAACUGGCAAACUCGCAGCGCAAACCUCUCGUUAUAAUCGCCGAGGAUGUGGACGGCGAGGCUCUGUCGACUCUUGUUGUUAAUCGUUUAAAGAUUGGGCUGCAGGUGGCCGCAGUUAAGGCCCCUGGUUUUGGUGAUAAUAGGAAAGCCACUCUUCAGGAUAUGGCAAUAGCCACUGGUGGCAUUGUGUUUGGUGACGAUGCCAAUCUUGUCAAGUUGGAAGAUAUUCAGCCAAGCGACUUAGGUCAGGUGGGAGAAGUUAUCAUUACAAAGGACGACACUCUUAUUCUAAAGGGCAAAGGAAGUAAGAACGAUAUCGAUAGGAGAGCCGAUCAGAUCAGAGAUCAGAUUGAAAACACGACGUCCGACUAUGAGAAGGAGAAGUUGCAGGAACGCCUUGCAAGGCUAGCGUCCGGUGUCGCUGUCUUACGAGUUGGCGGAAGCAGCGAGGUGGAAGUUAACGAGAAGAAGGACCGUGUACAUGAUGCGCUCAAUGCCACUCGCGCCGCCGUCGAGGAAGGAAUCGUUCCCGGAGGUGGCACCGCAUUGUUGAGAUGCAUACCAGCGCUACGACAGCUCAAGGCCGUGAAUGAAGAUCAAGAGACUGGAAUCAAGAUCGUGGCGAACGCUUUGCGUAUGCCGUGUCUGCAGAUCGCGCAGAACGCCGGCGUCGACGCCAGCGUCGUGGUAGCCAAAGUGAGCGAGGGCAAGCUCGGCUACGAUGCCCUGAAGGGCGAGUACGUCGACAUGAUCGAGAAAGGCAUUAUCGACCCCACGAAAGUCGUACGCACGGCACUUACGGACGCUGCCGGUGUGGCGUCGUUGCUGACGACAGCGGAAGCGGUCGUCACGGAGAUUCCAAAGGAAGAAUCGCCAUCACCAAUGGGCGGUAUGGGUGGAAUGGGUGGCAUGGGUGGCAUGAUGUAAAAAAAAUACGCAAAGACUGAGAAAAAGACACCCAACCCGUUGCUUGAUCCUGUUCGUAAUGAAACAUGAUUAUGCCGCGCAACAUAUUGUUCAAAUAGUUCCAAAUGUUCGAUUUCGUUCGAACGGAAUAGAGGAGAUAUUCGUACGGUCUCGUACAAUUUGUACUUUGAAACAUUUACAGGCGAUAAGAUACGACUCGUGUAGUGUAAAACCAUUGUUACGAAACACUGUUCCCAUUUGUUUUGUUUCGCGGGAUCUGAAAUAUUGUUAUAAAUCCGUAAACAAAUCGCUCAUUUUAUUUCAUGUAAUAAAUACAUGCAGUGAGUAUAUGAAUGUUUCAAAUACAAAUGCAUUUAAUAAUGUAAAAAAAAAAUGCUAUGUGAAACGAACUUGUUAACAUAUGUUUAUACAGAAUGUGGAAUUCGAUGAAUUCAACCAAUUACACGAUGAUAGUUUUUAAACUGA